GAGGAAUGUGAAACAUUUCUGAUGCCGGUCCAGUGGCUGUUUACACGGUAGUCAGUCUGUGACAUCAGAGUCCAGACUUUAUAAAUGUCAGCAGGCGCGAGAAUGAGCAGUUAGCAAACAGCGUCACAUAGGUUAGUGAGACAGACCGAGCUCCAUCAGCAACACAAGCCCCCAUGGACCGACUGCUGUGUGACUGUGUGAUAGUACUGCUGUGUGUGGCUGCACAGGUGGCGUGCCAGCUGUGUGACAGGCCCUGCCUUUGCCCCAGUUCUGUCCCCCAGUGCCCAUCAGGAGUCCCGCUGGUGCUGGAUGGCUGCCGGUGCUGCCAGGUGUGUCCCCGGCAGCGAGGCGAGCCCUGCACUGAGAUGUUCCCCUGCGACGGCCAGAAAGGACUGCAGUGCGACUACAGCGCCAGCUUCCCCGGAGACGCUGGGGAGUGUGUCAGUCAGGAGGAGCUGCGCUGCGAAUUCAAAGGCAUCACUUACCACGAGGGCCAGUCCUUUCAGCCCUCCUGUGACACCUACUGCCACUGCAGAGGCGGAGGGGUCAGCUGUGUGCCGGCUUGUCCUCUGACUGCCCGUCUUCCCACUCCGGACUGUCCCAACCCGCAACAUGUCCGGCUACCGGGGAAAUGCUGCAAGGAAUGGGUGUGCGAAAACCUGGAGAACACAGUCAUUCAGGACGCCAUCACAGCCAUGAGACCCGGCAGGUUGUGGCCAGCUCUCCCGAUGGCUCACCCUCUAAACAAACUGGUCCCACCUGCCUCCACCUGUAUAGAGCAGAGCACCCAGUGGAGCGCCUGCUCCCAGAGCUGUGGGGCUGGAGUCUCCACACGCGUCUCGAACCAGAACCCAGCAUGCAAGCUACAAAUGGAAACUCGACUUUGUAAAGUGCGGCCUUGCCAUACAGUUCAGCCCUUCCCGAGGAAACCCACGUGGGGACGGCAGGGGCAGUGCAAGGCCAGCUACACGUCGCCGGGGCCCAUUCGGCUCGUUCACCAGGGCUGCUACAGCACCCGUGCCUACCAGCUGUGGUACUGCGGGCAGUGCACUGACUUCCGCUGCUGCACGCCGUAUCAGACCACCACGGCUAAGGUGACCUUCCGCUGCCCCACCGGCAGACUGCUACAGCGACCUGUGAUGAUGAUCCACUCCUGUGUUUGUCACAACAACUGCCCCUACGCGCCUUACAGUAACCCCGCUCUGUGGGGGUACAGGCCCUGAUCAGCCUGUAUAAGCACUGAUUCACUGACUGAUUCGUAUCACCAGGCGGAUCCACAGAGGCAUCCUCUAAUCUAUGGACAUUGAAAGAGAAAAUGAUUAUUGUAGAUAAAAACUGUGAUUGAGUUCGGAUGGACGUUGAUCUUCACACAUGUACAAUCUCAAUCUGCACUUAUUCACAAACUCCUUUUCCCUUGUGAGGCCAUUACUCCGCUGCUUUUAUUAUUUGGCAAAUCUAGAGGAAGCAAGCAAACUUAAUUAACAGUAUAUAGCACUUUUUAAACACUGAAGUGCUAUACAAGAAGAAGAAAAGGGAAAGAGGGAGAUAAAAGAGACAGCAAAGACAGUAUAUGAAAUAAGCCGAAAUAAGUGUAUAACCCAC